UAAUUGCGUUGUAAAACAAGUGGAAGGUCUAGUCCAAGUUUUCUGGUGUACAGUCCCAAAAGAGGGGAGAGAGGAGAUGGCUCGGAGUAUUACAUACAUAACAGGUUCUCAGCUUCUCUCUCUAAAACGUCGCCCAAAUAUCGCUGUUGUAGAUGUCAGGGAUGAUGAGAGGAGUUACGACGGGCACAUAGCUGGUUCACUGCACUAUGCGAGCGAUACAUUUUCUGAGAAAAUUCCCAAUCUAAUUCAAGCCGCCAGUGGGAAAGACACCCUUGUAUUUCAUUGCGCCCUAAGUCAGGUUCGCGGCCCAAAGUGUGCACGAAAGUUGGCAGAUUAUCUCACGGAACUGAAAGAAGAUGGGGGAAUAAAGAACAUCAUGGUUUUGGAGCGUGGUUAUAAUGGCUGGGAAGCCUCUGGAAGGCCUGUUUGUCGCUGCACUGAGAUCCCUUGCAAGGGUGAAAGCACUUAGAACCAAUUCAAACACAUUUACCAUGUUGGUCCAUUUAUACACAUUCCCUACCGAGUGCAUGUCUGAACAAUGGUACUUACUUCACACUAUAGAAUAUGGAAUUUGUCACCGGUGAUAAUAACUGAUUAUAUGGCUUGAUUAAAACAUGACUAAAGGGAGCCCACGGUGGGAUGUUUUGUAAUUGUUUGUUUGACUUGUGAUCAUAUGUUUUUGUUGAGUAUUGCGAGUGUUUAUUUCCGAUUUAUCUACUUUGUGAGAAGGGGUCCUUUAUUGGAUUCUACUGAAAGAUGAUUGAUAUGGAUCACUACCCAGAAAUCUGGGCUCUGAUUUUUUUGCUGUA